GUAUAUUAUAGCAGUAUGAGAGCGCAGUGAAGGCGUGUUUCACAUCUCUACAGGCGUGGCGUGCGGACUUCCGUCUUCCUCCACAGACCUCGUAUAAAAUGACAGCGACAUUGCGACCCUACCUGAACGCAGUGCGCGCCACUCUUCAAGCAGCUCUGUGUCUGGAGAACUUCUCCUCUCAGGUGGUGGAGAGACACAAUAAGCCAGAGGUGGAGGUCAGGAGCAGCAAAGAGCUUCUGUUGCAGCCGGUGGUCGUAAGCCGUAAUGAGAAAGAGAAGGUUCUGAUCGAGGGCUCCAUAAACUCUGUGAGAGUCAGCAUUGCUGUCAAACAGGCUGAUGAAAUUGAGAAGAUCCUGUGCCAUAAAUUUAUGAGGUUCAUGAUGAUGCGAGCUGAGAACUUCUUUAUCCUGCGGAGGAAAGCUGUUGAGGGCUAUGACAUCAGCUUCCUCAUCACCAACUUCCACACAGAACAGAUGUAUAAACACAAGCUGGUGGACUUUGUUAUCCAUUUCAUGGAGGAGAUCGAUAAGGAGAUCAGCGAGAUGAAGCUGUCCGUCAAUGCUCGGGCCCGAAUUGUCGCAGAGGAAUUCCUCAAGAAUUUCUGAGGAUCCUUUCUACAUUCCUAAUAAACAUCAGAGUUGUUGUGUUGGUUCUUGUGGACAAAAACAUUCAAAGUUUUUAAAAUUGCAACAGAGCAAAGGGGGAAGUAUACAUCAGUUUCCAACCAAUCAGCUAGGAGAUCCACAGGAACAACUGACCAAUCCUGCAGCACCAUAUGCAGUCCCCUUUGCCUUUUCUUCAAGUUGCUCCCUGUGCCCAUUGAUAUUAACAAUUUUACAUUUAGUCAAGAAUUUAUUACUCUAGUUUUCUGUUUAGGGAAUAAAUAAAAAAAUAAAAAAACACAAGGUCAAGGCAGGUCCUUAAAUGUACUACCUGUAAUUAAUAUUGAUGGGCACAGGAAUCUUGUUGAUUGACUGUAGUCUACAGUUUUUUUUCUCUUUGUCUUUUAUAUAUUCAUGAACUCGUGUUCAUUUUUGUUACGAUGAACAUUUUUUAAACCAUUGUUAAAGACAUCAUGAGAGAAAAAGAAUAAUAAUAAAAAAUAGGUGUUUAUAUUUUGGCACAGCUAAACUCCAAUGAUAAUAACUAUACAGAAAAAAUGCAUAUAGAUAAUAAUAAAUCCAAUAAAAAUAUAUUAAGCUUUCUGUA